UUUGUUUGGGUUUUUUUUUUUUUCAAAUUUGAAGCCUUACACCAGGUGUUUUAGGGGGAUCCAGUGGGCCUGGAAAGCCCCUGUCGAUGGGAUCUCCUCUCAAGUCUUUUUGGUAUUUUAGAGGGGCUGAGCCCACCCUGUCAGAGGCAGCCCAAGGCCAUCCUUAGGGACUCCCUCAGGAACUCACAAACCUGCAGCCACACAAGGACAGACCUCACACACCUUACCCAAACCCUGCGGCCCUGCCAAAACCGUUCCUCCCGAAACGAACACCUGUAUCCCGCUGGAUGCCAGCGGGAACCGUCGCCGCCGCUGCCUGCUGGGACUCGACUUCUUUUCCUGAAGUGCUGGAGAAACCUGGAGCGUCUCCAGUGUAAAUUAACAGGGGGAGGAAACCACGGCAAACUGCGGGAUCUCCUCCGGGAGCAGCUCCAGCCGCCCCGGGCAGGGCCAGAGCGGGGGACACCCCGAGCCCCCGGUGCCCCUCCCGGGGCGGGUGUUCCCGUGCCAAUGGGAUCGGCGGCCGGAGCCGAGCCCUCUGCGGGGCGGGGCGGGCCGGGAGCCGCCCCCGCCGGGAGCCGCGGGACCCGCGUGGACCGAGCCGGUAGCUUUGGGGUAACAGCACUGUUGGCAUUUUGCAAAACUGCCUUGGUUUGAGAAGCUGCUGACACCUGUCACAGGUACAGAACGUGCCACCAGGUAACACAUGUCCCCCUGUCACUGCUCUGCCGGGUGGGGCAGCACUGAUUGCCCCCUCUUAGAUGGGAAACUGAGCACCAGAGCACUCCAAGGCUGCACGAGAAGCCUGCAGCAGAGCAGGAGAUCAUCCUGCUCAGAUCUCCUCAGUCCUGAGCCAGCAGCUCAAACAGCAGCCCUUCUUCCUGCCCUCUGGUCGUGCUUUUAUUCCUGUUGUCAGUUCAACAGAAGGGUUGUAACUACAGCUAAGGAGUUGACAGUGCAAUUCAGUUGUCCUGGGGACAUGCUGGAGGGAUGGAGACUUCCUGAGCUGCUCUGCAAGGAGACCUGGUUGGAAAAUCAGGUUUUAAGACCUUCUGGAAGAGAUGAACAAAGACUUCCCCAGCUGAGCUCCUCCUGAGGCUUCUGAGCUGUGUGUGGGGGGAGCAGUGAGUCAACAAAUGGUCUCUGUGAGCUGCCAGGAGCUGCUGCCCUCCUUGACCAGCCCUUCCCUGCUCGAGAGCUUGGCCAGUGCCCUGCAGCGCAGGAUGCCACCAUCCCUUCUGCCAGGGCAUGGCAGUGAGAGGACAUCUGGGCCCCCAGAGGGCUUUGGCCACCUCCUGGCAGGCAGCACUAGCCCUGCUGAAGGCGCCCCGCUGUCCAAGGGGGGACACCCCAAACCCCAGCUCACCGUCUGCGAGGCUCAGCUCAGGCUGCCCGACUUCUGCAGCAGCCUCUCCCAGGACUUCAUCCCCACCCUGGAGGAGAUCGAGGAGUUCCUGAGGGAGAAGGCAGAGUUCCUCAGAGAUGAAGGCCCUGAGCUUCACCCAGCUGGAGGGGAGGAGAGCCAACCUGGGGUCAGCUCGGGUGGCUCUGGGGAACGGCCCGUCUGCAGCGAGCAAGGAGAUGUCCCAAGCUCUGCUCAGCCUGCAGGGACAGCCGAUGGCAGUGACCAGGCAGUACCUGCUGGGAGCAUCCCUGUUGUCCUCCAAAUCCAGCCUCUCCAGAUGGACAGCCACCCACAGGGUGCCACAGCUGGUGUCAGGGUGGCCCAGCUGGUCAUCAGCCUGCAGGGCCCAAACCUGUCCCUCCUCCCUCAGCUCCAGCCCCCUGUGACCACCGGGGACCAAAAAUACGUCAGGAUCGCCCCACUGCCGGUCUCCACGAGGCCUGGGGCACCAGGGGAUGGGCAGGAGGUGGAGGCAGCCCCCAGGCAUCAGCAGGGCCCCCCUUCCCUCUCCAGGAUCCACAGGUGCUCCCACCCGGGCUGUGACAAGGUGUAUUCCAAGAGCUCCCACCUGAAGGCUCAUUUCCGCCGGCACACUGGGGAGAAACCCUACACCUGUGCCUGGCCCAACUGCGGCUGGAGGUUCUCCCGGUCGGACGAGCUCUCCCGCCACAAGCGCUCCCACUCCGGGGUGAAGCCCUACCAGUGUGCUGCCUGUGAGAAGAAGUUUGCCCGCAGUGACCAUUUAGCCAAACACCUGAAGAUCCACCGGGGCCAGCCCUGCAGCCCACGGACACCUCAGGGGGGCAGCAGGAGGUGAUUCCUGCUGCUCAUCCCUGCUCAGGCUGAGGGCAGGAGGCCCCAGAGCCGAACAAGCAGUGCAGAAACCACCAGGGAAGAGGGGGAAAUGACUCUUUGCCAAAUCAUGGGAGAGGCUGUGCUACCCUUCUGUUCAAGGAUGACGGUGUUCAUGGCCUGUUUUGGGCACUUUUGUUCUCUGAAAUACAUGUGAAGGAAACUGGA